UCCCAGAGCAGAGGCAGAACCGGCUGUGCGGGGCCGGCCGCGCGGAGCCUCUGAGACCCAAGCCCGGGCGCCCAAACGGGGAGAGUUGAGCAUCAUGGCCGCAGGAAAGUUUGCAAGUCUUCCCAGAAACAUGCCGAUGAACCACCAAUUUCCCCUGGCCUCCUCCAUGGACCUGAUGAGCAGCAAGUCCCCUCUCGCUGAGCACCACGGGGAGGCCUAUCAGGACGUGUCCAUACAUGGUACCCUUCCACGGAAGAAAAAGGGCCCUCCUUCCAUCCGAUCCUGCGAUGGCUUCAGCCACAUGGGCACGCUGCCCCAUUCCAAGUCCCCACGACAGAACUCGCCUCUGACCCAGGACAUCAUCCAGGGAAGCCCACUGCAAGACUGGAAGGGUGAAGCCUUCACCUUCAGGGAUCCACAACUUUUGGACUCAACUCUGGAAUAUGUGAAGUUCUCCAAGGACAGACACAUCAUGGACAGGACCCCCGAGAGGCUGAAGAAGGAGCUGGAGGAGGAGCUGCUGCUGAGCAGCGAGGACCUGCGCAGCCAUGCCUGGUACCACGGCCGCAUCCCCCGACAGGUGUCUGAACACCUGGUGCAGCGAGAUGGCGACUUCCUGGUGCGGGACUCUCUCUCCAGCCCUGGAAACUUCGUCCUGACCUGUCAGUGGAAGAACCUGGCACAGCACUUCAAAAUCACCCGCACGGUGCUGCGGCUCAGUGAGGCCUACAGCCGCGUGCAGUACCAGUUUGAAACUGAGAGCUUCGACUCCAUCCCUGGCCUGGUGCGCUGCUACGUGGGCAACCGCCGGCCCAUCUCUCAGCAGAGUGGCGCCGUCAUCUUCCAGCCCAUCAACAGGACAGUGCCGCUGCGGUGCCUAGAGGAGCGCUAUGGCACCUCCUCCGGCUGGGCCCGGGAUGGCAGCCUCGCCGCCACCGCCGAAGGAAGGACAGAGGUGGCCAGGCGGCUGAGCCUCACCGUGGGCAGUGGCCAGGCCCGAGAACAGAGCUUAUCCAGGGGAAACCUGCUCAGAAAUAAAGAGAAGAGUGGUAGCCAGCCAGCCUGCCUGGAUCACAUGCAGGACCGAAGAGCCUUGUCUCUCAAAGCCCACCAAUCGGAGAGCUACCUGCCAAUUGGCUGCAAGCUGCCUCCUCAGCCCACCGGUGCGGACCCAAGUCCCAGCCCCAACUCCCCCGUGUUUAGGACGGGCAGUGAGCCCACACUGAGCCCAGCCAUGGUCCGGAGGGUCUCGACGGGUGCCAGGACCACAGGGGAGGCACUGAGGGGCUCAGACAGCCAGCUGUGCCCCAAGCCGCCCCCCAAGCCUUGCAAGGUGCCCCUCCUCAAGGUGCCCCCCUCGCCGCACACCUGGCUCAAUGCAGAAGCCAACUACUGUGAGCUAAAUCCCGCCUUUGGCACAGGCUGCGACAGGGCAGCUGGCUGGUCCCCCUGCGCCCCAGGCAGUCAGGCCAAGCUGCCCGUACCCAAGCCCGGUGAGGGCCCCAGUUCCAGGAACUCUGGCACCAGCUACUUGAUCCUCGAUGGUGAUGAUGGGGCUGGGCCUUGGGCACCACCCACCGUGCAGACGGAAAAGGGGCACAUGGACAUGGGAGGCAGCGAGUUCGUGGCACCCCUGCUGGAGACCGUCUCCUCCUUUCGGCCCAAUGACUUUGAGUCCAAGCUCCUGCCUACGGAGAACAAGCCCCUGGAGAUGGCGCUGCUGAAACGUGCGAAAGAGCUGUUCACCAGCAACCACCCCCGGGUCCUCGCCCAGCACCUGCUGAGCACCGACUGCAAGGUUGCCAGGAUACUUGAAGUCUCUGAAGAGAUGAGGAGAAAUAUGGGCGUGAGCUCAGGGCUGGAGCUGCUCACCCUGCCACAUGGCCGCCAGCUGCGCCUGGACAUCAUUGAACGACACAACACAAUGGCCAUUGGUGUGGCAGUGGACAUCCUGGGCUGCACGGGUUCUCUGGAGGACCGAGCGGCCACUCUCAACCGGAUCAUCCAGGUGGCGGUGGAGCUCAAAGAUGCCAUGGGGGACCUCUACUCCUUCUCGGCCAUCAUGAAGGCGCUGGACAUGCCACAGAUCACACGGCUGGAGAAGACGUGGACGGUGCUGCGGCACCAGUACACACAGACGGCCAUCCUCUAUGAGAAGCAGCUGAAGCCCUUCAGCAAGCUCCUGCACGAAGGCCGUGAGUCCACGUGUGUCCCCCCGUGCAAUGUGUCCGUCCCACUGCUGAUGCCCCUCGUGACCUUGAUGGAGCGCCAGGCCGUCACUUUCGAAGGAACCGACAUGUGGGAAAAGAACGACCAAAGCUGUGAAAUUAUGCUGAACCAUCUGGCUGCCGCCCGAUCCAUGGCUCAGGCCGCAGACAGCUACCGAGUGAACGCCGAGAGGAUCCUGGCAGGUUUCCAACCAGAUGAAGAAAUGAGUGAAAUCUUCAAGACGGAAUUUCAGAUGCGGCUGCUGUGGGGCAGCAAAGGUGCCCAAGUCAAUCAGGCAGAGAGAUACGAGAAAUUUAGCCAGAUCCUCACCGCCCUCUCUCGGAAACUGGAGCCUCCGGCCGCGAAGCAGUCUGAGCUCUGAGACUUCGGCGGGGACCCCCAGCCCCUCGGUCCAGGCUUUUCCAGCAGCUUCCCUGGGAAGACCUGCCAAUGAUCAUGUGCAUAUCUGACAAUAUACAAGCUUUUAGUAUCCAUGGGAUAUUAAAUGUGUAAGUUGCACAGAGCACACUUAUUUAUGAACAGUUUAAAAAUUACUACUGAUUUUUAAAAUGAAUGAUAAUUUAUUAAGGUAACUAUCGCUAAUGCUGAUCAGCACCAAUAAGAGAAGCCCCAGCUAUGUUGGCUGGUUGCUUUCUAUAACUGCAGUAUUUGAUCAUUUUAAAUUCCAUCUCCAAUAAGUGUAAAUAGAAUUUUUUUUUAAAAGCAUGAAACAUCUCAGAAGGUAUCAGUUGUAUGAUAUUCUUUAAAUGAAUAUGAGAAAUGUAAAUAUUAAUGAAAAUAUAUCUUUUU